AUGAUGGAGUACAUUCCCAAUAGUGAUGGCCUAAUGCGAUCAACGCUGCGUGACACCAUUAAGCGCAUCCGCCGCAUUCGGGCUAAGGCUGGCCGUGAAGAUGAGAAGGAAGAAGAAUCCACCGGUGAUCCACUUCGUGAUUUGUCUCUUGCAUUUAUUCGCUGUGUAAAUCGUGCUAAAGAAGGUAUAAAGGAGCGUAACGAAGGUGUAAAACAGCAUGGACAUGAUCGCAUGUCUAUUGAACAAUCAAAUAGUAUUCGAAAAGAUUUACGAACGAUGGAAACACUCUUGGAAGAGAUGAAGAAGUUUGUAGAUACCUCUGAAACAGCGCUAGCUAAAGAAAAUAAAAAGAAAAAACCAAGUAAGAGAAAAUUAGGACUUUUAGAAAAACAACGUGAUGAACGUGCAGCACAAUAUAAAGAAUGUCUUUCUACAUUAGAACUUGUGCGGGAGUUGGAUAUUCAGUAUUUGCCUUCAGAAAAGAAAGAAGUAGACCUCGCGCAGGAGACACAAUUGGGACGAAAAGCACAACUUCGUGAACAACUCCUUACGAUGAGGCGACCUCGUAAAGGUGAGAAUAAUCAUGUUGAUCCCAAUGGAGAUUUUGAACUUCAGGACCUAUCUGUAGGAGGUGGCCGUUUACAGGAUCAGGAGGAGACAAAGGAGGCAAUGAAGACUAUUGCAGCACAGGAUGCUAAAAUUGAUGCUGGUUUAGACAGACUUAAAGCUGGAGUCGGUCGAUUGCAAAGUCUCGCGACAGAAAUAGGAGCCCAACUUGAUAUGCAAAAUCAGAUGCUGGAUAAAACAGAGCAUAAAAUGGACUCACAAAUGAAACAGAUACGCAAUAUUAAUCGUCGUCUCGGGAAGAUGAUAAAGGAGACAAAACCAAUGAAUACCUUUAUGAAUGUCUGUUGUAUAGUGCUCAUCAUUGCUCUUGUGGGUUUCUUUCUUGUGCAAUUCAACGUUAUAUAA